AUGCAGGCGGGCAGCAUUCUUGUUCUCUGUACCGUGGCCCUCACGUCGGAGCACGGUGAAAGUCGGCUGCUAAUGCCGCUUAUUUUCUUGUCCGAGCGCUGCCUUGAUCACGCGAUGAAUCUCGGACACUCGCCGAUUCUGUUCUAUGCUUCGACACUCCUUUCCUACCUCUCUUUGGUCGCUGCAAAGGCCGAGAGGCGCGGGAAGUCGCCGCGUGACCGAAACGUAGUCGCCGAGACGGUCCUCUACGCCGUCGUCGGCUUGGCGGUGGUCUUUUUCAUUGUGCGGGAUAGGGUCAUAUCCCUCGGCGGCAUCGCGUACGUCUUGUCAGGAUACAUUUUCUUCUUGAAGAUGUUGCCCGUGAUCGGCGACAACGAGGCGAUCCUCAUCGGCUCCCUUGUUGGCUUUUACUUCUGCGACAUUUGCGUCAACAACAACCUUAGCUUCGACGGUGGUCGGGAGUCGGUGUUAUCGCUGAACGCGCCAGGGUACCGGACGUCGUACCCGCACAUUGCGAGUCGCGGCAUGAUUCUGUGCGCCAUCUACAUCGUCAUACUCGUCUCCGUUCUUUCGAGAUGGUGCCUCAUCCCGACCAACAAAAACUCCAAGUCGUCGCGCCGUCGCGUCAGCCGCAAGCGCAUCAGCAUCAUCUUCUGGGUGUCGAACGCGGUGGUCGGGGUCAUCCUGGCCCUUCUCAUUAGCUACCAGUUUCGCGACAACGUUCUUCGCUGGCUCUUCGCCUACUUUGUCUCCAGCCGCUUCCGCAUGUGGACACUCGUAUGCUGGUUUACGCUGCUGCCGUUCGCAGUGUACCUCGUGGACGCGCUAUCUAUGCAGCUUCGGCCAACGGUGCGUCGUAAGCUGUUCCACUUCAUCGGCGUCGUCGCUUUCACUCCGGCGACUAUGAUUGAUCCGCCAUUUAUGGCGUUCGCGUUCUCCACGGCUAUCAGCUUAUGCGUCUUGGUGGAGGUGGCGCGAUACUACAAUGUGUACGGCUCUGAGUGCAUAUCGCGCUUCAUGGCUCGCCACAUCGACGACCGCGAGCACAUCGAUAGCGUCGUGCGCACCCACAUUUACCUCCUCGUCGGGUUUGGCAUCUCUCUGAUGAUGCGCUGCAGGCAAUUAUCGAUCGAUGGCCCGCCGGUCCCAGCCAUCAUCGAGCUCUCCGUCAACAUAAUUCCAGGCAUUGUUUCGCUUGGCAUCGUUGACGCGUGCGCGGCCAUCACCGGGAGCUCGUUGUUUCUGAGCUCCCGACGUACGCUUGGACGAUACCUCAAGAACGGGCUCUUCACAGAGCGCGCUAACGCGUCAAUCACGCACAAGACAACCACCGGCACCCUGGGGGGACUUGUGUGUGGCUUGGUUUUCUGGGGCGUGAUUCUCGCGAUCGCUGAAGUCCCCAUCACAGGCCCUGCGCUCUAUUCGUUCACCAUGAUUGCCGCGUGCACUCUGACCGAGUGCUUCAUCGACGGCGUCGACAACCUGCAGCUGCCUUUGGUCGUGCUAGGGGCUGUGAACAACCUGUUCGCACUACUGCUACCGGUGGAGGAUUUGUGGGUAAACCCUGCCAUCAGACGGCCUAACCCCACAACGGCGAGGUCGAUGGCCAAUGCCUUAGCGUCGCCGUGGAAGGGCUUCUCUUCCCCUGUGACGAAUUCUUGA